UGGGGCCGCCGCCGCCGCCGCCGCUGCAGCCGCUGUCUCGGUCCCCGCCGCAGCCGCCGCCGGGCCCUGCAGCCGCUGGGCGCGCGCAGCCAGGCAAAUAUAAUUACAUACUCAUAGAAAUUUGGAGAAAAACAUUUAAAAGCACAGAGAAAGUACUUUUAAUGCCAACGCCUGGAAAUAGUGCUGCCCCUUUUGGCUGCAGUCUCUCAGCAAGGACCCUUUCAUCAAGGAAGCCUCAUUAAGUAAAGCCGAAUGAAGAAAGGCUGCUCUGGUGGAAGGUGGCUAUCUGCAGAGGGACGGAGUCUCGUGCUUUGCUUUCCCCCUAGUGUCCACCUCCCCACCGCUCUCUUGUUGCUGUGUCUGAGGCUCUCUGCCAUCUCCAGAAUUCUGAAGAACACCGUUUGGAGACUGCACGAGUUGGCCAGCCCAUUCCAGGGCUUAGGAGAAAGUCAACACACUUCCCAACCUGAGUCGAUCAGUUUCUUCCAGAAGGAAAGGAAGACCUAUGACAUCCCUGGAGAGUUUGUACCUAUGACAGCCCUGGAGAGUGACUUGCUGCUUCCUUCCUUCAGGCCCUGCAGGCAGUGAAGGGCUGUCUGUCAGUUCCUGUUUGCACUGGACACCUGCCAUCCACCUCUUAUGCACUCCAGCACCCCCAUCAGCUCCCUCUUCUCCUUCACCAGCCCGGCAGUGAAGAGACUGCUAGGCUGGAAGCAAGGAGAUGAAGAAGAAAAGUGGGCAGAAAAGGCGGUGGACUCUUUAGUGAAGAAAUUAAAGAAGAAGAAAGGAGCCAUGGAUGAGCUGGAGAGGGCCCUCAGCUGUCCGGGGCAGCCCAGCAAAUGUGUUACCAUUCCCCGGUCCCUGGACGGGCGGCUGCAGGUGUCCCACCGCAAGGGUUUGCCCCAUGUUAUUUAUUGCCGAGUGUGGCGCUGGCCCGACCUCCAGUCUCACCACGAGUUGAAGCCGCUGGAGUGCUGUGAGUUCCCAUUUGGCUCCAAGCAGAAAGAGGUGUGCAUCAACCCCUAUCACUACCGCCGGGUGGAGACUCCAGUGCUGCCUCCUGUACUCGUGCCAAGACACAGCGAAUAUAACCCCCAGCUCAGCCUUCUGGCCAAGUUCCGCAGUGCUUCCCUCCACAGUGAGCCACUCAUGCCGCACAACGCCACCUAUCCCGACUCUUUCCAGCAGCCUCCGUGCUCUGCAUUCCCUCCCUCGCCCGGGCACGUGUUCUCUCAGUCCCCGUGCACGGCCAGCUACCCUCACUCCCCAGGAAGCCCUUCCGAGCCAGAGAGCCCCUAUCAACACUCAGUUGACACACCACCCCUGCCUUAUCAUGCCACAGAAGCCCCAGGGACCCAGAAUGGCCGACCUGUAGAUGCCACAGCUGAUAGUCAUUUAGUGCUGUCAAUGCCUAAUGGAGACUUUCGGCCAGUUUGCUAUGAGGAGCCGCAGCACUGGUGCUCAGUCGCCUACUAUGAACUGAACAACCGAGUUGGGGAGACGUUCCAGGCUUCCUCCCGAAGUGUGCUUAUAGAUGGAUUCACAGACCCUUCCAAUAACAGGAACAGAUUCUGUCUUGGACUGCUUUCUAAUGUCAACAGAAACUCAACAAUAGAAAAUACCAGGAGACACAUAGGAAAGGGUGUGCAUUUAUACUACGUUGGGGGAGAGGUCUACGCCGAGUGUGUGAGUGACAGCAGCAUCUUUGUACAGAGCCGGAAUUGCAACUAUCAGCAUGGCUUCCACCCGGCCACUGUCUGCAAGAUCCCCAGUGGCUGCAGCCUCAAGAUCUUCAACAACCAGCUCUUUGCUCAGCUGCUGGCUCAGUCAGUCCACCAUGGAUUUGAAGUCGUCUAUGAGCUAACUAAGAUGUGUACUAUCCGGAUGAGUUUUGUUAAGGGUUGGGGAGCUGAGUAUCAUCGCCAGGAUGUCACGAGCACCCCCUGCUGGAUUGAGAUUCAUCUUCACGGACCACUGCAGUGGUUGGACAAAGUUCUGACUCAAAUGGGCUCUCCACAUAACCCAAUUUCUUCAGUGUCUUAACAGUCAUGUCUUAAGCUACAUUUCUAUAGAAUAGAUGCUAUUGCAGGCAGUGGCUUAUAUCAUUUCAGAUUUGCAACUAACUGAAGUUUCUAAGUACAUGUGUAAAUACAUAUAAUAUAUACUAUUCAUAUUUUUUAUCACCAUUUGUUUUGUGCUUUCUAGUUAACCUGAUGCCAGUACAAUGUGAUUACAAAAGCAGGUUUUUCAUGCCUAUGCUAUAAAAAGCAGCUUCUUUUGUGGGAGGGAACAAAUAAAAGGCAACUGUAUCAAUAGUAUUUGAAGGGUGUUGGCAGAAUAAAAGGCAGCUUUAGUCAGCCAUGUCAUUGUACAGCAUGUUGUGUGGCUUAUGAGAAAAAUGUUAAAACUGUUCGUAUAGCAAACGUCAGGUACUAGCAGCACUAGAGCAAAUAAUACUUUCAGACAAAACAAAGCAAUCAAACCCAUAUAAUUUAAAUGAUCUCACUUUUAGUGCUAUUGGCAAGAAAAAAAAUCAAGCUUAUACAAUUAAUUACGUAAGAUCAGACACAUAAACUUUAUUUCUGAAGUUGAAAUACCUAUAGCUGGACUAUUGUGCUGAUAUUAAGGGUACAUUUUAAACAGAUUUAAACUGUGAUUGGAAAAGAAAGAAACUGUGAAGCUGACAGUCAUGUUGCCUUAUAAUCUACCACUGUAAAAAAAAAAAAUAGGUGAGUGUAAUAUGGCAAGAUAAAUACGAAAAUAGCAUGAAAUUAGCUAUGUUCUCAAAUUGCAAGGUGAGACCAGAACUUAGUUCACGAAUCACGCAGGGAGACUCCUGCUUCCCACAUGGGAAAUCAGGUUCCUAUUUUCCUGCUUAUUCAUGUCAGGUGGUCCUACAGACUUCCGAGUCUGCACGGUGAGCUGUAAGGCUGUGUGUAAGUCCUGUGUGGAGAAGCAGCAGGUAAAAUAAGAGACUUGGACAAAAGCAUCCCAUGUUUACUUACACCUUCCCACAUUCCCACAGUAAAAGUCUCUAGGUGAGGGCCCUCCUUUUGUCAUAUUUCCUUGCCUGGUGGCAUAUAUUAACUAUUUACAGAUUACUAAAACAAUGGUGAAGACUUUGAGAAAAUCAAGACAUUGUUGGGAUCAAAUUUAUAAGUUAUUUAACUUAGUGUCUCUAUUGAUUAAAUUAUCUACUGUCAAGUCUGGUAGCCUCUUAUAAAGCUAAUCUUAUACUUGGAAAUAACUUCCCAAGUAAAAUGAUGAUAAUUUCAUAAUUCCUAUAAUUUCUGGGGAACAGUGGUACUGAAUAAUAGGACAUUAAAAAAAUACGCAAUAUUAAAAACCUGUUCUUCUUUACCCUUGAAUGGUAAAGAGAGGAAAAUUCCCCAAAAUUCUAGGUACUUUCGUAUAUUUAUAAUUUCCACCCACUAAACACUGCAUUGCUUGGAAAAAUAUUUCACAUCGUCUUAAAAAUGUAUAAUUUAAGAAGGUAAUUAUGCUUGUAACAGAUGGUACUUCAGUAAUCCAAGAGGUUUCUUCAUUUAUACAUUCUAUCUCAACUCUUUCUAGCAUUAGUGCAUACGGUAGUUGUUUCUCAUUAAAUUGUAUUCAAGGUAGAAAUGAUCAUGUGAAAAAGAUAUAUGAGUGAGCUACUACUGUCACUUCUUGUAAUGACUAGUGUUAUCUAAUAGAAACUUUCAUAUAUACAAUAAAAGUUAAAUAUUACAUUUUACAUUAAAACUAGGUGGCCCAUUUAGUGUUUAGAAAAUCCCGUAGUUUAUUGGUUCAUCAACUAUGUAUUGUGCACCUGUAUGUGCCAGGUACAACGUUAAGUACUGUGGUAUCGAGUGUAAACAAGAAGCAGUCCCAGCCGUCGGGCUCAGAGUCUAAUCGUAAAUCUAUUUGUAUGGACAUCUUCAUGUUUCAGAACUUGUAAAACAAAACAAAACAUGCAAUCUUCCUUUUGCUUGAAAAAAUGUGAUCGAUAUUUUAAUUAUCUCUAUUUCGAAACUUAUUUCCCUUCUCUUCCGAGCAAUCAGGUAAUGGAUGAAGACUGCUUUGGAUAAAUGCUACUUUUAUUCUAUGUCUCAAAGUUGCUUUUUUUUUCGCCUUUUGCUUUCCUAUUUUCCAGUAAUUCUCCAUCUCCCUUUUUCUUGGAAAAGGCAUUAAUAUGGUGAAUCUUCCUCAUAUGAGUAUCAUUGCACGAGAGAGCCACAAGUAUGUACGGUUUCUGCUCCAGAGGCCAGACAUGGCUUUCUUGAUCAAACUUAUCCUCUGGAAAUCUUAUACUUUUGCAGAAUUAAUUAGAACUGGUUGCAGAAAAAUGACAUUAAAAAAAAAAAAAAAAAAAAACUUGAAUUUUCCUGCAGCUUUGGGAAACCAGGACAAAAUAUUCCAAUGAACCUGAAUUAUUUCUUCAAAAAAUAAAUGAUUAAAGUGGUACAUAUGCAUCAUCACCAGUCAUGUCUCACCAAAGGCCUUUAUUAGAGUAUGUGUGAAAUUCAGAGAUUUUAGAAUUGAUGAGAAAUUAACCCUUCAGUCAUUGUAACAUUGUCACAUUUUAAUCAGCCUUUUUUUAUUUUUGCUGGCAAGAAUUGUCAAAUGUUGUGAUGCAGUAUUUGAUUUCAGACUUCUAAAUAUGCUCAUUUUGCAUUCAUUCCUUGAGGUAGACAAUCCAAAAAAAUGUAAUAGCAUUUUUUUUUACAGCAAAGUGGACAUACUAAGCCAUUAAAUGCAUUAGCAAUGCCAAACAUAUUUAAGGUUGCCAUGGACAAGGGUCGUGCAAUAGAGAAUAAUAACAUUUUGGCCUGCUCACAAGACCCAGAACAUGUAUCCUGUUGUUCAAGCCUGUUUUUUUUGUUUUUUUCCCUAUUAGAAAAUUGAGAUGUGAAAAGUUUGUUUUAGUUAGAUGAUAUUUUGAUAUUUGCCAGUGCUUUGGAACUAUAAAGAUGUCACUAUUCAACACAUUCACUUUAUGUUUUGUUAUUUUUUUUACACUCAGUAUAAAUCAGGAAAAGAUGGGCAGCAACCUAGCAUUUAGAAUCCCCUUUUCACUGUCUUCUAAGGAACUGAAUACCCCCAUGACAACAACAAAAGCAUUUUAUAAAUAUCACUUGCUAGGCUUUAAGCACCUGCUUAACUUUGAAUGUGCCCUGAAUAUUUAGUAUAUACAUUCAGUAAAUAAAGCAAAAUAUAACAUGCAUUCCAAAUUUUGUCUUGCUCUGUUAUGAUUUAAUAGCUGAACUGUAUGACAAGAUUAGGUGAUCCUGGCAUAUGUUAAGGAUAAGUUCAAAUUAAUGUGAAACAAAAAAAGAAACUAUUUCUAUUUAAGUAAUGCUUUUGAUUAUAAUAUCUAGGCUUCAACUGUCCUUCAGAUGCACAUCUAUACUGUUAUCUGAUUGUUUAUAAUAAAGAAUUCUGU